AUGGAGGAUCGGCCGCAGAAGCGAUUCAGAUAUGCCACCUACACUCAGCAGCUGAAAGAAAUCCAAAUCGACAAGGGCAAGGGCAAAGGUGUCAAUUGGGAUGACAGAGCUGUAGAUGAGGAGGUUGGGGAGACACCUCUCAGCGUCGAAUUAGAGCGUCUCUGCAUUCUCGACCUUACUGUCCCCUUUCAAGCAUUCGCCAAGGAAAUUCGACCGCUGUCCACCAGCUUGCCAGUCAUUCUACAUAAUCUGCAAGAGCUCAAAGACACUUUCAAAGCGUUCUAUUCAUCAAUAAGUGGGAACAGCGACCAUACACACUCCGGUCUGGACUCAGUACUCCAACUUCAUCGAACGCUUUUCGAGACCUCUGGAAAUGAAGCGACAUGGAUUCUGCCAGAUGCAACAGAGGACUUGCUACGUCUAGGCGCAUUGCCCGCUCUAGCUCCUCAUCUCGUCGAGAGAUCGUACUCUGUACUCUCCCUCAUCCUCCGAGAUCAGGCAUCAUCUCUCAUCGCUGCAGAUGACGUCCUUCGUCGCACUUGGAGUCUGGUUUCUGAAUACCUCUCAUUCCAGGGCAACAAGCCUUACGUGCGGCGAUGCGUGACGAGUGCUUGGGUCGGAGUCAUCAGAAAGGCAAGGGGUGAUGGACUGGAUCGUCUUCUUAACCUGCUUCUGGUCAGUAAUCCGCAAGACGGCACAGAAGCCAUGUGGGCAGAGAGCUUGCAGGGAACCGCUGGUGGUCUGCAUUCAAGAGCGCUCCCGAUUCUCGAGUAUUUACUGGACAGAGCAUACCAGCAGUCAGUCGAGGAACACCCUACUAGCCUACACAAGAUCCUCACUGCAACUGUCCAUCACUGCUCCUCAAAAUCGCUCGCCCCGGUGAUCGAUGCUAUCUUGUCUAGGAUCGUGACGACACCGUCUACUUCAGGGAAAGACUCAAGUCCUGGUCUUGCACUGAUGAUCGACCUUCUCGGCACCAUGCUUUUGGUUCGCAAAGGGAAACGCUUCCCAGAAGAUCGGCUGAGACCGUCGAUGCUCAAAUUGGUUGAAAUUUGUCAGCUUGUCCAGUCUGCGCAGACUUCACCCAGCCCCUCACAUUGGACCCCAGAGGACUUGGCAUCGAUCAGAAGGUCAUUGGGACGCGCCACCGCUGCAUGCCUAUCAGUGAGCAAUCUCGCGCAUUGGCUGAGUCCGGGUGUGAGGCUACUGGAUCUGGUCUGGACCAUCUUUACAAUCGAUGAAAAGAUUGCAUUCACUAGCGUACUGUUGGAGACACAGUGGUCUGGCUUUCCUCAGUUCAUGCUCUCUCGAGUGCUUCAAAUGAUCUCGUCAAACAUCGACAGCAACACUCGGUCAGUUUUGAAUCUGCUGAGAGCGGUGUCAAGCAUCGACAUGCCUGAAACAGCCUCUGCUUCUGCCCAGAAUCAAGCGUUGCGACGAUCGAUCACAAGCAAAAUGAUUUCCAAGCUCCAAGCAACCCCUCCAAGCUUGUCGCUUCAAUCAGAACACGCCGAGACUUUGGUUCACAUAUACGACUUGCUCCCCCUUUCUGAAUCCUCAGAGGUAGACAUCUUGCCAAUUCUGGAUAUCCAUCUCCAGGCACUACUCCGGGAUCUUCGCUCUCACGAAGACGUCAAAAGUUAUUGGCUCGAAAUCGGGCCCGUCAACAGCUUGCACGUCCUCGCUGCCUUGCUCGGUAGCUUUCACAGGUUAUGUGAUAUACCAGGACAGGAGAUCAGAGUGAAAAGUCUGCUUACGGCUACCGGCAGCCUCUUAUCAAUUAUCGAGAUCUGCUCUUGGAAUGCAGACAUCAUGGAAGUUGCAACAGCCCUCGCUGAGAAAUGGCAGGAACACUUGAGUUCGAGUAUGAAGAUCGACGAAGAAGUCCAGGUCAAUCUACUCUCUGCGGACCCAAAAUUGCGGAAGGCAACCUUGACACUCAACUCUCUUGCAAAUCAAGAUCCCUAUGCUAAAGAGAUGUGGAACCUAUGUCUUGCGGUUGAGCAGGCAGAAAUAUCACUCAAGAAUGUCAGAGAGCGGUCUACCAAUAUCAAACGAGUCGCUCGAUAUCUCCAAAAUGGUGUGGACUCGGACAAGGAAGUGUCUACCACUCUCGUCACAAAUAUCAUCCGAUACCUGAUGUCACAACUGAAAGUGAACUUUCGGCCGAUCUAUGCGGAAACCAUCGCCGCUUUGGGGCAAUUGGCUACUAGAUACGCAGACACCAUGUGGUCAUUAAUUUGGACAGACAUCGUCGAGAUUGACCUGAGUCACCCAUCAGUACCCGAUCUGGGUCAGUCGUCGCCGUCCUGGAGUCGGCCUUCGGAGCGAGACCAAAGUAGUGCGCCCCGCGAAGAGGAAGACCCAGCCUUGCUCUGCCACAACCUUGUCCACUUUCAGGGCAAGUUCAACGAGGCAUGGACUGCAGAAUACAGACGCACAACGGAGGCUAGAACUGUCAGAUCAGCACUGGACGUUCUGAAUUACGAGGCUCAACUCCUGGAGGUCUUGGGGACCCAUCCGCAGAUAGCUGAAAAACACUCGAAACUCCUAGUCCCGCAUAUGCUUCACGUCCUUGAACGGGAUUACAGCAGUGAAACACUUGAUGCUCACAUAUCCAGCCGGAAACGACAAGACCGGGCUGUUGCGUACCUCGGCUUGGCGAGCAAGUUCACCAACCCCAAAGCUGCUUUUCGCUCAAGCGAGCUGCAUAGUGCCUACUUGCGAGUGCUACAAACGGGAGAGGCAAGACUGCAGAAGCUCGCCAUUGACUGUAUCCUAACGUACAAGUCGCCGAGUCUAGUACCUUACGGCGACAAGUUGCGAGCACUCCUGGACGAUCACAAAUUCCGCGACGCUCUGAUUCACCUCCCUUUGGGCCUGGAAAGCGAGGUUGUCGACCCCCAACAUCGACAGGAGCUCUUGCCGGUGGCCAUUCGUCUUCUUUAUGGUAUCAUCACCAGUCGACGGGGACGAAGCAGCACAGUAAGGAACCUCAAAGCUCGAAAGCAAGCGAUUCUUGGUGCUCUAAGCGGUUGCGCACCUUCCGAACUAGGCACUCUGAUCAACCUCAUGCUUGGAUCAAUAGUCGAGGAUACAAAACCAAGCACUCCUCGUCAACAGAUCGGAUUCCUGACACUCUUGUCGGAUGUUUUGCGUCUCUUGGGAGCCCAGACGAUCAGCUUCUGGCCGAGGCUAGUGGAUUCGGUUUUGGCACUCAUUGAGCAUGCACAGGAGCAGCUUGAUCUAGCGGACGACAUUGUCAUGGAUCAUCACGAGGAUCCGGACGCGGAUGAAGAGAUAGACGAAGGCGCUUCUGGAACGAAUGGAUGGAGGAAUGUUCGCACAGCGGGCAUCAAGCGGUUGGUCCAAUGGCUUAGAAGCCCCGUGAUCUUUGAAUGGACCGACUAUCUCAAGCGGAUCUUUGCGUCUGUUAUCUCACCUCGACUCGAUCGAUUAGAGGUAGAAAAUUCUCAAGCACCUUCGGCCAUUCUCGACCUCAUCGCUGCGAUCGCUUCCUCUCCAGGCUUUGCUCAUUCCCUUAACGUCUUCGACGAGCGCACCCUACCCAAGACAUUUGCUUGCCUCAAUUCUGUCAAGGUGAAACCUGCAGUCGUGCUGCACGUGUUCAGUAUCAUUGACUCGCUUCUGGAAUGGGACUCGCCUCAAGUAGGUGGCUCUCGGGGCUACCUCCUGCUGCCUCAUUCGGACACCUUGAUUGCCUGUCUCAUCCAGCUAGUCGAGUCAUCGGGCCUGGAGAAGAAUGGACAAUUGAUGCCCAGAUUAUUGACGAUCAUUUCCAAACUCUGCAACAUAGUCUCGGACGGUGUUCAGGCUCAGCACUUGGCAAGUUUGCUUGGACCGAUGCUCAGGCAGAAGUCCCGCAUCAUUUCAGAGCGAUCGAAACAAGACAUCCUCCAGACUCUGGGAACAAUUUAUACUCUUUGUCCCGACUUUGCACAGCCCGAUUCGGACUUCUUCAACCAGCAGUACACCAUUCUCGCCAAUCUGUUUCAGACUCUGUCGUCGCCGUCGUCCAGGCAGGCGUUGGUUGCUGCAUUCUCGAUCUUCAGCUCUGUCGACGAUCGGUUAUCGAGCGUCACAAAAUGGACUUCCGACGUGAAUGCAUUCUCCGCCAAACGUCCGGAGGAGCCCGAUUUUGAUCGACGUCUUGCCGCGUACGGUGAGAUCAACGAUGCCGAGUUAGACGAUCUGCCUACGGCGUUGCAACAAUGGCUUCCUUUAAUCCGCACAGCUGCUUUUUUCAUCCGAGAGGUGGAGGAACUUUCCAUCCGAACAAGCGCAUCCAAAGUCUUACAGCGCUUUCUCGACGUUGCCGGCAAAGUGGGCGGUAACGAACUUGCCGCAGGCGUCACGAAUGUCACACUGCCAGGUUUACGGGAGUCGCUUCGAAUGAAGCAUGAAGCUGUAAGGAACGAGGCGCUGCUUGUCAUCUCGCACGCCGUCAGCGUGUGCCCAGCCAUACCGAUUCUGCACGAGAUGCAGCCCCUCUUGUCGGAUGACGAUCAGACCAAUUUCUUCGUCAACGUCGCUCACAUUCAGGUUCAUCGGAGAGCCCGCGCCCUGCGACGGCUCAGAGACGUCUUGCACGCCCACGAGAUCUCGGAGCAGACGGUCUUUAAUCUGUUGCUGCCCAUUCUGGAACACAUUAUCGCCGGAUCCACUGACGUUACGGAUCAUCAUUUGGUAAACGAGGCCAUCUCCUCGAUUGGACUCCUGGGAAGUAAACUCAGGUGGGCGCGUUACAACGCCUUACUCACUCGCUAUCUCCGUCAUGGAAGCUCUCCGAGUCCACAGCAGAAGUUAUACAUCCGUACCGUUGUCUCCAUCAUCGAAAACUUUGCGUUCGAUGUCAAAGCGAACUCUGGCGCAGACGACAUUGGAAGCGACGAUGAGCAACUGGUCGAAGAGGAGGCAGAAGUUGGAAAGCCCAUCGAUACCCUCAUUCAGGACGCCAUAACCUCCCGAUUGCUGCCGGCGCUCGCCCGCUUCCUUGACGCUCGCAAAGAGGCCACAGAGACAAUCCGCAUUCCAACCGCUCUGGCAGCUGUCAAACUCGCCUAUCAUCUACCAGAACGGGUCGGAGAUAGGGAAAUUGAGAAGAUUGUCACGACAGUUUCUCAAGCUCUCAGAAGUCGAGAUCAGGACAUACGCGAUGUCGCUCGAGAUACUAUGUGUCGCAUUGCCGUUUUCCUGGGGCCAGAAUGGCUAGCUCGCAUUCUCAAGGAGCUUCAAACUACUCUACAGCGAGGGCCGCAGAAACACGUUGCGGCCGUGACGACACAUGCUAUUCUUGCUCGAGCCACAACUGAUGCAGCGGAGAGUUUUGGCGAUUUGGAUGACUCUGUCGAGGAUGCGGUCAGGAUCAGCGCCGAAGUUAUUUGGGGAGAGUCUGGGAAGGAUUCGCAAAACGAUGACUUCAAAACUAAAAUGAGAGAGGUCAAGAGCGCGCCUUCACGUGCCUUUGACACCUUUCAACUCUUGGCCAAGCUUGUACAGCCAACCAAAAUCGCCACCAUCCUCGCGCCUAUCCGUGAGAUUCUUCACGUCUCGCAAGCUGCACAGAGUCUGCAGCAAGUCGACGAGGCCCUUCGCCGCGUUUCCUCGGGACUCAACGCCAACCAGCGGUUUGGAACCCGAGACAUUCUUCACUUGUGUCAUUCUCUUGCCAGUGGCACUUCAGCUUUCACGCAACAGAAGCGGAAGGUCGGACCAAGCUCCCAGGCCAAGGAUGAUUACCGCGUGCAAAUGAAGCGUGACGAGAAAAUAUCCGAAGACUAUUUCGCGGCGAACGGACACAAGUUGACGACGUUUGGGCUGGACCUAUUCGUGACGGCGUAUCGACGAGGAAGGCUUGAUUUCAGCGACGAGGAGAUCCUUGCCAGACUUGGACCUUUAAUCAGUGUAAUCGGCGAUUCGCUGUAUUCAAAAUCAUCCGAUGUUCUCUCAGUCGCUCUCAAAGCUACUGCAGCUAUUUCGAGAUGUCCGCUCCCGCGAGUCCAAGAAGCGCUUCCCGUGUAUAUUAAGAACAUCUUCUCGGUCAUCAAACAUGCCGGAGGCAGUGCUGAGAGCGAGCUGGUGCAGACCGCCCUGAAAACUCUCGCAGUCAUUCUGCGAGAUUGCAAGGCAUCCAAGAUAUCAGACGCUCAAAUUCGUCAUCUACUGGACAUGGUUGGACCAGAUCUGGAGGAACAUGACAGACAAAGUGCGGUCUUUGCCAUCCUUCGAGCCAUCGUUUCUCGUGGAUUCGUUGUCCCUGAGAUCUACGACCUGAUGGAUCGAGUUUCCUCAAUCAUGGUCACCAGUCAAUCACCCAAUGUGCAAGAGCUGUCGCGGCUGACGCUCAUGCAAUUCUUGCUCGACUAUCCGCAAGGAAAAGGCAGACUCAAGAGUCAGAUGACUUUCCUGGCGCAGAAUAUGGAGUACGAAUUCGAGAGCGGCCGAUUAUCAGUAAUGGAGGUCCUCGCAGCUGUCUUUCGAAAGUUCUCCGACGAUGUCUUGGAAGACUAUGCAGACUUGUUUUUCGUGGCACUCAUAGCUGUCCUCGCCAACGACGAGUCAGAAAAGUGCCGAACGGCGGCUGGCGCGCUCGUUCAGCAAUUGUGGAGCCGAGUCAACCUUUCGCACCAGUCGAAAUGGAUGCAGAUCAUGCAAAAUUGGAUUUCAGAAGAUCAAUCGGAAAGCUUGAUCCAGGGGUCAAUCACAGUUUUUGGCCUGAUCUGCGAUGUCGAUGAUCUCGCUGAAAAUCUCCUUGCCAGUAUCAUAGGGACUACCGUGCCUCUUGUCAAGGAGAGUCAGAGGAGACUCGAGGCUGCCGAAGUCGAUCAAUUGCCAGCGGACCAACUGUUUAGCCAUGAGACUGCGCAUUACCUCCUCAACACUCUCUUCAAGGCAACUCGCCGGAGCACCGCUCAACUCGCUUCGCUGCCGAUUGUCGCCAUUGCUGCUCAUCUUCUGUACCCGCAUGAUUGGGUACGGUACGAUGCCGCUAAGCUGUUGACUACAUAUGUGACCAAUGGGGAUUCGUUGAAGAGUCCAUCGCUGGAGACCGAGAAUUCGCUUUUUGAUAUGGCUAGGAAGAGCUGUAUAAUUUUGGGAGCCAGUUGGAGCUCGACUCAUCGUCUUCUUGAUCAAAAGCUGGCGGAUCAGCUCGUCAAGCUGCUCUACAACCUGGCCAAGCUCUGGAAGGUGGCUGAUCGUAAACAUCCACAUCCGGCCCCAGGACCUGAGGUAGACGCCGAGGACGUGCAAGAGGAUAGCCCUACCGACCGAGACCCCCUGGCAUGGCUCAUGUCAAGGAUGUCGUUCACCGCAAGGCAAAUGAUCGUUGACAGACCUCCUGUUCAUCAUCCAGACCAAUGGACGAAGCCUCUCAUGUCUGUUCUGAGGUUUUUUGCAGGUACUUUUGAAGAAUUGGACAGCAGUCUUGCCAAGCGCUUUGCGGUACAUGCACUAGCGCCCUUGUACCGGAUCCUGGAUGACACAGGAGAGAUCGGCUCGCUCGAAGCUACGCCAGAUAUAGUCGAGCUCCGUCAAUUUGCCACAGAGGUCAGAGACUCUAUACAGGGCAAGAUUGGCACCACUCAGUUCUCGACAACCUGGGACAGCGUUCGUCGCCGAGUCGCAGGCAAGAGAGAGGAGCGUAGAGACGCUCGAAAUGUCAUGGCCAUUUCAGACCCUAAGGCAUGGGCCGAGAGACGGGGCAAGCGUGUGAUGCUCAAGAAGGAAUCCAAGAAGAGGAGGAACAAGGCAUUCGCGGAAGGCAAAAUUUCCAAGGGCAAUCGGAGAUCAAAUCACUGA